UGGAGGCCGAAGUACGGCUAUCCAUCGUGUGAAAAACGUCCACAUGCAUUCGUUUUAGAUUAAUUAAUCUCAGUAACCUAAUUGACGUCUGUCAAUUUUCAAGCGUUUCUCAUACAAAAAUGGCCCAAGGGGGUAUCAGUCUGGAGGAAAUUUUUAGUUUAUUUGCAAAGUUUGGCGACACGAAGAGCGAUGGAAAGGUGAUCACUCUAACUAACGCCGACAAAUGGUUGAAGCAAGCCCAAGUUGUCGAUGGCAAGAAAAUGACGACCACCGAUACUGGAAUAGCCUUUAAUAAAUUAAAAUCGAAAACGAUCACAUUUAAACAAUUUAUGGAGUUUAUUGAGGAUCUAGCGAAAUCUAAAAACAUGAAUGUCGAGGAAAUUAAGACCAAACUUCUAGCGUGCAGUAUACCUGGUGGCCAUGGAGUUACGGUACGUUAA